UUCAGAGCAGGGAGAAGUGGGGGAGGGUGUAGAGGAAGCCGACAGUGAGGCUACUGGCAUGGAGGGAGACACCCCGGAGUCCCAGGAGGCAUGCAGCCAGGAGCUCUUCUCAAGCCAGGAGGAGGCUAGCCAGUCGCAGCAGCUGGAAGUUGCUGGUGAGGAAGAAGCUGAGGAGUGUGCUCGGGUGACCUUGACUAAUGCAGCCGGAUCACUGGCAUCACGUCGCUUGCAGAACUUGAGAAAAAAUCCACGAAAAUCAAAAGAAGAAUUGAUCAAAGCAGUUAUGAUUCACUACAACAGAGAAAGUAGAAAGACGCAGGAAUGGAGAGAGAAAAUGUAUGAGUGGAGGCAAACAGAAAGCAGGAGAAAGGAAUUGGCUACCAAAAAAACCUCAAAGCAGAUGAUAAGCCUCCUGGCUCGCCAAACUGAGUCUUUCGAGUCUCUCGUAGCCAUGCAGGCAGAUCUGUACUGUGGUAAUCCACACCCCUCCCAAAGCUCUCUUUCUUGUUCCCCAGUAUUUGCACAAAACACCUUUCUCCAGCAGCCAGUUUCUUAUUACCCCCAGCUGCCCCCAACACCUGUACGAUCACCUACCAGCCCUGACAACUACAAUUCUUACCCUGUGCACUCCACCCCCAUUACCCUACAGCAUAGUAAUCCUGAAGUGCAGCAGACAUUGAACAGUAAUCCAAACAGGACAUAUUCAAACCUCUGAAUGUACAGUCCACCACCCUAACCCCCCUGGCCUUUUAUGUACUGUACUUUGAAUAAAGGAUUUUUUGGCUUUUACAA